CGGAGUCAAAGAGGGGAAGAAGGGAGGUCGGGACCGGGGCCUGGCAGUUGGAGUCAGGCGGUGGAGUCCCGAGCCGCAGCCGCCUUAGCGGCGGGAGGAGCCGAGGGGGAUCAGGCCUGAGCUCAGAGGGGAUUGAUGGAGGCAGAAACCAAAACUCUUCCCCUGGAGAAUGCAUCUAUCCUUUCAGAGGGUUCCCUACAAGAGGGACAUCGACUAUGGAUUGGCAACCUGGACCCUAAGAUCACAGAGUACCACCUCCUCAAACUCCUUCAGAAAUUUGGCAAAGUAAAGCAAUUUGACUUUCUUUUCCACAAAUCUGGUGCCUUGGAAGGACAGCCCCGAGGGUAUUGUUUUGUCAACUUUGAAACCAAACAGGAAGCAGAGCAAGCCAUCCAGUGUCUCAAUGGCAAGCUGGCCCUUUCUAAGAAGCUGGUGGUACGGUGGGCACAUGCUCAAGUCAAGAGAUAUGAUCAUAACAAGAAUGACAAAAUCCUUCCAAUCAGUCUUGAGCCAUCAUCAAGCACUGAACCCAGUCAGUCCAACUUAAGCGUCAGUGCAAAGAUAAAAGCAAUUGAAGCCAAGCUGAAAAUGAUGGCUGAAAACCCUGAUGCCGAGUACUCAGCAGCCCCUGUCUAUUCCUACUUUAAACCACCAGAUAAAAAAAGGACUAGUCCUUACUCCCGAACUGCUUGGAAGUCUCGAAGAUGAUGGUUGGGAAGAACUAUGGCAGCAAAGAAACCUGCUUUAUACACCUAAACUCCUCUGCCUUUGUACUUUGUAGAUUUAAAUGGUACUAUCCAAGAGCACAAUCACAACGUUAGAGUUUUGUAACAUGGCAUUUUAAACUUUUCUUAUGGCUGUUCCUUGCCCGAAGUGUGUAUAGAAUUGAACACCAUCCCGAAUAAAUUGGAUUGCAUCCAGAGCUCUGACUUUAACACAGGGAUACUCUA